UGAAGUCCUGCCUUGUAUGCACCUACUUCUCUCCCUGAAGAGAGGGAGCCCAGUAUCUGUAGGCAUCUGAAGUUACACCAGCUGAGUCACAGCCCUGUGGUUUCUGCACCACUCUCAGGCUGAAUUUCUCACAGCUGAUUCUGCUCCAGCCCAUAAUCUGCAGUUCUCCAGGUCAUGAACAACCUCCAAGCCAUUUAAUUCCUCUGUGCAUCAAGGGCUCCUCAGCAAGCUCCAGCAGCCAUAUUCAGCACCAGCUAACACAGUUCUGAUGUUCAAGACAUCCUCAUGAAGGACAAGGGGUUUAAAAACCCAUCUCCAUUGAUUCUGCCUUCCUCUUGGAUAAUUUUAAAGCCAUGGGACUUUAUCUUACAUCCCAGGCUCAUCUAUAUUAGGAGCUUUGGUGGGAUUUUUAGCAGUGGUCAAGUUCACUGUUUUUUUCUCUCUAUAAAGUAGAAGUUAUCUCUUGUCUCAGUUGAGGAAGGGGAAGUUGGAGAUGACAGAGCAUUCCUGUUCCUGAAAGGGCCCCAUCCUGAGAGUGUGGACAUGGUGGAGCAGUGUGUCAGUCAGACAUCCCUGCCUCAGCUCCUUAUUUAGAUCCAGCCUGUAGCAGCCUCAAGAUCUGCAGAUAAGAGCAAGGUAAAAUUCCUGCACUUGCACAGCAAUACACUGGAGUGGCAUCAUGAAAAACCCCACAAAACCCCAUAAAGCAUCAAAGCAAGGACUCUGCAUUGGGAUCUCCCAACCUGCAUUUUUCACCUUAAAAUAUUUGCCCAAACUGAGUAGGACAACAAGAAAUGGAACUCAGGUCUGGCACAACAGAGGAGGCACAGGGAGAAACUUCCUGGCAAGAGCCACUCCAGCAAAAUCCAUUUGAGCUGGGUGUGGUGCACACCGAGGGAGGAUUUGUGGAAGGCAAGAGCAAGAAACUGGGACUCUUUGGGAGCUACGUUGACAUCUUCAGAGGGAUUCCCUUUGCUGCCCCUCCAAAGACUCUGGAAGACCCCCAGCCUCAUCCUGGCUGGGAUGGAACAUUGAAAGCAAAAGAAUUCAAACAACGUUGCAUGCAGGUGAAGCUGACACAGACCGAUGUCCGUGGGAGCGAGGACUGUCUCUACCUGAACAUCUGGGUCCCUCAAGGGAGAAGACAGGUCUCCACCAAGCUGCCUGUGAUGGUUUAUAUCUACGGCGGUGCCUUUCUUCUUGGAGGAAGCCAGGGAGCCAAUUUCCUGGACAACUACCUGUACGAUGGGGAGGAGAUCGCCGUGCGGGGCAACGUCAUCGUGGUGACCAUCAACUACCGCGUGGGGCCGCUGGGCUUCCUGAGCACCGGGGACGCGAACCUGCCAGGGAACUACGGGCUCAAGGACCAGCACAUGGCCAUUGCCUGGGUGAAGAGGAACAUCAAGGCCUUUGGGGGUGACCCGGACAACAUAACCAUCUUUGGCGAGUCGGCCGGUGCUGCCAGUGUCUCCCUGCAGACACUGUCCCCAAAGAACAAGGGCCUGUUCAAGAGAGCCAUCAGCCAGAGCGGUGUUGGGCUCUGCAGCUGGGCCAUCCAGAGGGACCCGCUCGUCUGGGCCAAAAAGCUUGGAGAAAAGGUGGGCUGCCCAACAGACAACACCACCGUCUUGGCCAACUGCCUCCGUAUCUCUGACCCCAAAGCCUUGACCCUGGCCUACCACCAGCAGCUCACCCACCUGUCCAUGCCCCUGGUGCACACCCUCGCCCUUGCUCCAGUCGUGGAUGGGGAUUUCCUCCCAGACGUGCCAGAGAAGCUCUUUGCCAACGCUGCCGACAUCGACUACCUGGCUGGGGUCAAUAACAUGGAUGGGCACAUGUUCGCCGGUGUGGAUUUACCCGCCAUCAACCGCCCGCUGGUGAAGGUCACUGCUGACCAGGUGUACAAUUUGGUCAAAGGCCUCACCGUGGACAGGGGCGAGGCUGGAGCCAACGCCACCUACAACAUCUACACACAGAGCUGGGGUGACAAACCUGAGCAGGAGCUCGUGAAGAAGACAGUGGUGGAUCUGAUCACUGACUACAUCUUCCUGAUUCCCACACAGGUGGCACUGGACCUGCACCUGCAGAAUGCCAAGAGUGGCAAGACCUACAGCUACUUGUUCUCGGAGCCGUCCCGCAUGCCCAUCUACCCCCGCUGGGUUGGGGCAGACCAUGCUGAUGACCUGCAGUACGUGUUUGGGAAGCCCUUUGCUACCCCCCUGGGCUACUGGCCUAAGUACAGGACUCUCUCAAAGGCCAUGAUCGCUUACUGGACCAAUUUUGCUAGAACUGGUGAUCCCAACAAAGGGCAUUCAGAUGUGCCCGUUUCCUGGCCAGCCUACACCAACAAUGACAAGUUCUACCUGGAUAUCAACCACAAGAUAACCAAGAACUCUGUGAAGCAGGACCUGAGGUCCCGCUUUGUGACCUUCUGGAACUCGGUCUACCUGAAGCUGCCGCAGGUUGCCAACAUCUCCCAGUCGGAGUUAAUGUUCUGAACCUUUAAAGACAGUGCAUUAAAGGCUU